AUGACUGGAGGAAUGUGUGCUAUCAGCCGCCCACCUGGUACCAAGUCGAUCGGUGCAGUCAUCGUCGAGAACGACAACGAUCCUUGGGGCAAGCGGUGGCGUCUGAUGUCGCCACAGGCGAUGCGCCAACACAUAGGUGGCCGGAAGGCUUUGGAGCUGCGUUACGCUGCGCGUUGUGUCGCCAAAGGCGAUACCGGUGGUCCGGUGAACAGGUGUUGCAGCCUGCCUGGCAGCUGUGUGCUGGAGUAUCGCCCAUGGCGAUACGAGACAGCGUAG